AUGGCUCGCAUUGGUAGAGUAAGAUUCUCCCGUUCCGGCGACGGCAAACCGGGAGAUAGUCGGGAUCGGAUCAGCGCGCUCCCGGACAGUAUACUCCAUCUGAUCCUGGUACUGGUACCCCUGGUAGACGCUGUCCGCACCUGCGUGCUCUCCCGCCGCUGGCGCGGCGUCUGGACGCGCCUCCCGCUGCUCUUCUUCGACGACGUCCAGGCGCCCCGAGUGUCGCGCUUCCCGGACCUCGUCGACGGCGUCCUCCGCGGCUACGCCAACGACGACGUCGACAUGGUGAUGGGGGACCUGUUCGUCUCGGUCUACCACCGCGACAGCGUCGGCGACGACCCCGUCAGCUUCGUCGCCACCUUGGCCAACCUCGCCGCUCAGCGCAUCUCCGGCAGGUUCGGCCUCUACCUGUCCCCUGCCGCAGUCGACCUGUACCCGAAGGAAUUACUCAAAAACCUAUACCCGGACCCGGAGGAGGAGGCCGUGACACUCCAGCUGCCGUGCUUCCCGAGGGCGACGGAGCUCUCCAUCACCUUCAUGGGCGUGGACCUCCGCAUGCCGACCACAGAAACGUUCGCCAAGCUGACCAAGCUGUUCAUCUCCGGCGUCCGGUUCACGGACGGCGGCGAGGAAAUCAGCCAAGUUGUGUCGCUGUGCUGCCCGUGCAUCGAGACGCUGGAGCUGCACAGCAUCAGCGGCCUGAGAAUGCUCACCGUCUUGGCACGGUCACUGGUGAGCAUGGUCCUUUCCAGGAUCCUGGUGCUGGAGCAACUCCUGGUGGCGGCCGGAAACCUCCGCCACAUGCUGGUGGACAGGUGUUUUGUGCUAAGCAACACCCGAACCGUCAUGUUCCUCUCCGUGCCGGCGUUGGAACAGCUCCUUUGGCAAGACCGCUGCCCCGAGGUGAUUCAACACUGGAUGCUACCUAGCUGCCUCCGGAGGCUCGUCGUUGCCGAGCUCGAGCUCAAUUAUCUGUUUGCCGCUGGAGGCCGGUCUAAUUUCGCAAGGAUCCUGCAGCUUUUCAAGUGUGUUGAUACUCUACGCCUCGAAUUCCCUAAUGCACAGGAUCGUACAGAUCAAGAGAAUCUCAUAGAGAAUGUAAACCUUCCUUGUCAUUCAGAGUUGGAGUUCAUGCUGAACCACACUAGGCACACGUUUGGCCCAACAAUUCUAAACCUUCUCAGGAAAUGUAGUUGUGUGAAAAAGGUGACGCUUCAGUGCAGUAGGGAGGUUGGGUACAUCCCAUGCCCCUCUAACUGCAACUGUCGUCAACUAUCAGUCUGGACAGACAAUGCUAUCAACUUAGACUCUCUAGAAUGGCUGGCAAUGUUUGAGUUUCGCGCCACACAAGAUGAGAGGAGUUUUAUAUACUACAUUAUGAGAAAUGCAAAGCACCUCCGCAAGUUUUCAAAUGAUUGCUAG